AUGGAAACCCGGAUUCUCAAAGUGAAGGUGGACUACAGCAACAUCCAAGUGCUCGGCCACUGGAAGGAGGAGUCAGCAGAACACAAAGAUGGAAGCAAAACGAAGACUAGCAACCUCAACACAUGGGAGGUCCCAACUACAUCAGAACAUGAAGAUAUUCUGUCUCCCAUCCGCGAAGUAGCCCACCACCUCCGCACCACCGACAUUCCCGUCGCCUUCCCCACGGAAACCGUCUACGGCUUAGGCGCCGAUGCCACCCGCAGCGCUGCCGUCAAGGGAAUCUAUGCCGCCAAAGGUCGACCAAGCGACAAUCCUUUGAUCGUGCAUGUUUGCGAUUUGAGCAUGUUACGGUCACUCAUCUCUCCUUCCUUCUCCUCAGCAGGAGACGAAGAAGACCCCAUCCCAGCCAUCUACCACCCCCUCAUAACCCGCUUCUGGCCCGGCCCCCUCACCAUCCUGCUACCCAACCCCUCCCCCUCCCUCCUCGCUCCGGAAGUAACCGCCGGCCUACCCACCUUCGGGUGCCGAAUGCCCGCCUCGGCGCUGGCUCGCUCGCUGAUCAAACUCGCCAACGCCCCCCUCGCCGCGCCCUCCGCGAACGCCAGCACUAAACCCAGCCCCACCGCCGCACAGCACGUGUUAGACGAUCUACGGGGUCGCAUCGCACUGAUCUUGGACGGAGGAUCAUGCAGCGUGGGGGUGGAAAGCACGGUCGUCGACGGGCUUUGCUCGCCGCCUGUGGUGCUGAGACCGGGCGGGGUCAGCUUGGAGGAGAUUAGGGAGUGUAAGGGGUGGGAAGGCGUGGAGAAGGCGUAUAAGGAUCAGGCAGAGGUCGGAGGAAAGACGGCGCCGAGAGCGCCGGGGAUGAAGUAUAAGCAUUAUAGCCCGAAGGCGAGGGUGGUGUUGUAUGAGGCGGAGGGAGGGAGGAGGGAGGUGCCGAGGACGGAUGUGAGGGAGGCGGUUGAAGCGGCUGGGGAGGAGGAGGGCAAGGGAAACGUGAAGAGUGUUGCGAUUAUUAGGACGGGGAGGUGGCCUGUUGCCGGGGGUUUGAGGAGUCAGGGGCUUGAUGAUGUUGCUGCGAAGGACAGCGGGGACGUGGCCGAGACUGGGUUCGCUGUUAGGGAAGGGCAAUGGCUGGAUGAGGACGGCACCACGGUGUUGGCAAGGCUUCUGGAGAUUAAUUUGGGCAACGAUGUCAAGGGGGUGGCACACGGCCUUUUCGCUGCCCUCCGAGAGCUGGACAGGCGCGGCGCGGAUGUAAUAUUCGUAGAGGGUGUGAGUGAUGGAGACGAUAUCGCGGCGGCAGUCAUGAAUAGGCUGAGGAAAGCCGCUUCCGACAUUAGAAUAUAG